CGAAGGAAUCACAUUACAAUCCUAAUAACGUGAAAAAAAAAGUGAAAUCGCCCUUUGAAGGAGAAUGGCAAAUAAGAAAUGGCGGUGAUAAUUACGCAGAAGUUGUAACACGUUGUGAUCAAAUGAAACAAACUUUCUGCGAAGAUGUUCCAAAUUAUCCUCAGGAGUUUGUGAACCAGAUGCUCGCUAAGAAUUCUAGCCUAUUAAAUUACGCGUAUGAGGAUGUUCUUGCUCUGUCACCGCGAUUUGAUAAUGAAGAGGAACCACUUUGCCUAUCUAUGGAGCGAUUAAUUCGUCCAAGAAUGGCUAUAAAUAUGAAAAAUCAGUGGAUGUACAUCGUUCAGGCAGGUCAAAAUUUUACUCAAAGUAUACGUAUCGAAACUUGUAGAGAACAGGGUGGUAAGUGCAGAAUGAUCGAUGAUUUUGCUGAGGGAUACGUCACGAUGUGCAAACAGAAAUUCAUUUAUCGCGUGCUGUCAGCCGUUUCCGAGAAUGGCGAGAUCAUUCGCGAUUACUUCCGAUUUCCUGCGAGCUGCUGCUGUCAUGUUCAAUUCCAAGCCAUUGAAGAAAAAGCGAGAAUAAGAUCGUUUUCAUAAGAUAUCU